AUGGAGAACAUCUCUGAGGUGACUGAGUUUAUAUUUGUGGGGUUAACAGACGUGCUGCAACUGCAGGUCCCUUUGUUUAUAAUCUUCACUCUCAUUUACUGCAUCACCAUGGUUGGGAACCUGGGAAUGAUCACGUUGAUUGUGUUGGACACUCGUCUCCACACACCCAUGUACUUUUUUCUCAGCAACCUCUCCUUCGUAGAUUGUGUUUACGCCUCAGCGGUCACUCCCAAGGUGAUCGUAGGCUUUCUCACUGGAGACAAGAUCAUCUCCUACAACGGCUGUGCUGCUCAGAUAUUCUUCUUUGGAGUCUUUGCCACAAGUGAAACAUUCCUUCUGGCCUCUAUGGCCUUCGACCGACAUGCAGCAGUGUGUAAGCCCCUGCAUUACGCCACCACCAUGACAAGGAAUGUAUGUGUGUUACUGGUUACUGGUUCCUACAUCUAUGGAUUCUUGCAAUCUUCCAUCCAUGUUGCCCUCACUUUCCACCUCUCUUUUUGUCAUUCCAAUGUGAUUAAUCACUUUUUCUGUGACAUUCCCCCACUGCUGGCUCUUUCUUGCUCUGAUAUCCACACAAAUGAAAUUGUGCUCAUCACCACGGCUGCAGCUAGUGUCUUUUUUGUUCUUCUUGUUAUCUUGACCUCUUACGUGCUCAUUUUUAUCGCUAUCCUGAGAAUGCGCUCAGUUGAGGGACGAAAGAAGGCCUUUUCCACCUGUGCUUCCCACCUCACCACGGUGUCUAUGUUCUAUGGAGCAAUCAUCUUCAUGUAUGUACGGCCAAGUUCUCGUCAUUCCAUGGACACCGACAAAAUGGCAUCUGUAUUCUACACCAUGAUUAUCCCCGUGCUCAACCCUCUAGUCUACAGCCUGAGGAACAAAGAAGUGAAAAGUGCCUUCAAGAAAGUUGCUGAAAAAGUCAAGUCUUCCUUGGGCUUAGCCUGUUAA